AAGGGCGCUGCGGGCUGGGGGAGGCUGCCGACGUCUGCAGACCCCUAAGGUCGUUUCCUCUGGACAGAGGGAGGCACAGAGUCCAGAGAGGGACGCCUCACUCCGCUCCCGCUCUAAGAAGGAUCCGGAUUGCAGCACAGAAAUAGGAGUCCCGAUGGGUAGGGCCAGGUUUCUGCCACUCCGGAGGCCAGCUUAACCAGUCGGUUCCGGGCGGAAGCUGGCCGGGACAGUGGGAGCUGGGGCUCCGAGUGGCAGGGGCGGCCGAUGAGGAUCCUGCACCCACCCAAGCGGUCGACGCUUGCGGGUGGGUUUUGAGGACUGAGGACGACCCUGGCGAAAGCUGAGGGAGAAGGUUGGGAGAGGGCCUUGGAUCCCGCUGUACGGAGCCGGCUGCAGCUCAGAGCCCUCAUUCUGGUCACUCGCAAUGGAGCUGAGCCAGCAGGCCGGUUUAUAUGGGCAAGUCUAGCCUCCACCUACCCACGCCCCCAGCUCAGCGAACCCUUCCCCCAAAUCUUCCCUGAUAUCGACUGAGAACAACCUGCCUCCUGCUGGGACUGGAGGGUGCUGUCAUUAAUCCCAGACCAUUAAAGAGCUGCUGGGUCUGAAUGGUCAUGGGGGAGGCCAGUAGAGAGGAGUAUAAAAUCCAAUCUUUUGAUGCUGAGACCCAACAGCUUCUGAAGACAGCACUCAAAGAUCCAGGCGCUGUGGACUUGGAGAAAGUGGCCAAUGUGAUUGUGGACCAUUCUCUGCAGGACUGUGUGUUCAGCAAGGAAGCAGGACGCAUGUGCUACGCCAUCAUUCAGGCAGAGAGUAAACAAGCAGGCCAGAGUGUCUUCCGUCGUGGACUCCUCAACCGGCUGCAGCAGGAGUACCAAGCCCGGGAGCAGCUGAGGGCACGCUCCCUGCAGGGCUGGGUCUGCUAUGUCACCUUUAUCUGCAACAUCUUUGACUACCUGAGGGUGAACAAUAUGCCCAUGAUGGCCCUGGUGAACCCUGUCUAUGACUGCCUCUUCCGGCUGGCCCAGCCUGACAGUCUGAGCAAAGAGGAAGAGGUGGACUGCUUGGUGCUCCAGCUGCACCGUGUUGGGGAACAGCUGGAGAAGAUGAAUGGGCAGCGCAUGGAUGAGCUCUUUGUCCUGAUCCGGGAUGGCUUCCUGCUCCCAACAGGCCUCAGCUCCCUGGCCCAGCUGCUGCUGCUAGAGAUCAUUGAAUUCCGGGCGGCUGGCUGGAAGACCACGCCGGCUGCCCACAAGUAUUACUACAGUGAGGUUUCUGACUAGGUUUGGCUCAGUGAUUGCUCACUGUAGCACUGGUCUUUACUCCACCCUCCUCCUAAGAUGGCAAGACAGCUGCCUUUUCCAAAGGCUUUCCCUU